AUGGAGGAACAGUCACAACAACCUCAAAAUGGUACCCCUUCGGGUCUCCCAGAGGCCAAUUCUGUCAAGGAACCAGUGAUUCUGGAGACUCCUGAAGAUGUACGCAACAGGAGAAAUCAGGUUCUUGACCGUUACGCUGCCUUUAAAGAGGCUACGGAUGAGCGUCGUCGUCGAUUAGAAGAUGCCAAAAGGUAUCAGUACUUCAAACGCGAUGCUGAUGAGCUGGAGAACUGGAUUCAGGAAAAGCUGCAAACCUACAGCAGUGAAGACUACAAGGAUCUAGCUAACCUUCAGAGCAAGAAGCAAAAGCAUCAAGCCCUCGAGUUGGAGGUCAAUGCUCACUUUGAAACUCUGAACGCUCUCGACGCUAGCGGUGAAGAAAUGAUUUCUCAGCACCACUACGCUUCGGAGAUCAUUAGGGGUAUCUUAGAUGAAUUGCAUGCGCUUUGGGAGAAGCUGAUGGCUAUGUUCAUGCAAAAAGCCCGUCUUCUCAACCUUACUCUUGAAUAUGUUAACUAUCUACGCCGUGUUGAUGAACUCCUCUUCUGGAUUCGCGAAAAGGAGGCAUUUGUUACCUCUGAGGAAUUCGGCCAGGAUCUAGAACAUGUGGAGGCUCUCCAAAAAAAAUAUGAUGAAUUCAUGAAGGAUUUAGAGUACCAGGAGGGCCGGGCGAUGGAAAUAUAUGCCAAAGCUGAUGAACUGCUGAAAGAGGAGUUUCCAGAAGAAGCUCUCGUUAUGGAGAAAAAAACUGAGGUCCGUGAAGCCCUGGAUCGUCUCAAGGAACUUGCAAGAAAGCGCCAGAAUAAGCUUUAUGAGGCGCACGAGAUUCAGCGUUUCUUUCGAGAAACAGACAAGGCCAUCUCCUGGCUCAAUGAGAAAUCUAUUCCUCUCGCUAUUGAGGACUGUGGACGCGAUCUUGUCUCCGUGCAAGCCUUGCAGCGCAAACACGAAGCUCUUGAGCGUGAUUUGGGAACCCUAGAGGACAAAGUCACCCAGCUUAGUACUGAUGCUGAAGCUCUAUCCGAGAAGCAUCCUGAUUCGAGGAAUACGAUUCAGGAGAAGCGAAAUACGCUUACAAUGGCUUGGCAAGAUCUCAAAACGAAAGCUGCCGACAGGCGCGCGAAGUUGGAGGAAUCCUUCCUCUUGCAUCGUUUCCUUGCUGACUGGCGCGAUCUUACUCUGUGGAUCGCGGACACAAAGGCCAUCAUUUCGGCUGACAAAUUGGCGAAAGACGUUGCAGGCGCCGAGGCCCAGGUCGAACGUCAUAACGAGCACAAGGGUGAGAUUGAUUCCCGCGAAGAUGCCUAUAGGUCUUGCAUGGAGGAGGGUCAACGUCUUGUUGAUAUGGGCCAUCCAACAAGUGCAGAUGUUGUCAAGAAGAUGAACACUCUGCAGAAUGAGCGUGAUUCCCUUCUUGAACUUUGGGAGGCUCGUCGUGUUCAGUUUGAGCAAUGUAUGGAUCUCAUGCUCUUCUUUCGUGAUGCUGAACAAGCUGAAGCAUGGAUUGCCAAGCAGGAGGCUUUCCUUGAAAAUAAGGAUGUUGGCGAUUCGCUAGAUGCAGCUGAAGCUCUCAUGCGGAAGCAGGAAGAUUUCGAGAAGUCUCUGACAGCACAGGAAGAGAAAAUAAAGAAUUUGGAAGCAUUUGCGGAUAAACUGAUUGCUGGUAAUCAUUAUGCAUCGCCAGAGGUAGCUGAGCGCCGUGAAUCUCUGCUGCGACGUCGGACUGCCCUUCAGGACAAGGCUGCUCUUCGCCAUCAGCAGUUGGUAGACUCGCAUCACUACCAAAUGUUUGACCGCGAUGCAGAUGAAAUGAAAGCUUGGAUUAUGGAGAAACUAAAAACUGCCACUGACGAAAGCUACAAGGACCCAACUAACUUGCAAACUAAGGUACAAAAACACCACAAUUUUGAAUCUGAAAUCAACGCAAACCGAUCACGAAUGGACGAGGUGAAGAAAAUGGGGACUGACUUGAUCGACGGUCAUCAUUACAAAUCUGAUGACAUAAGGGCACGUAUUAGUGAAUUGGAUGAUCUAUGGCUCCAACUCCUUGACGCUAUGGCAAAGAAGGGUAAGAACCUAGAACAGGCCAACAACCAGCAGCAGUUCGUGCGCAAUGUUGAGGAUGUGGAGCUUUGGCUCUCCGAAGUGGAAGCCAAGUUGGCCUCAGAUGAUCACGGAAGAGAUCUGAACAACGUAAUUAACAUUCAGAAGAAGCACAACCUUCUCGAAUCUGAUGUGCAGUCUCAUCGCGAUCGCAUCUGCGCGUUCCGAGAUCAGGUGGAGAAGUUCAAACAGGAGGGUCAUUAUGAUGCUCCGAUCCUUGAACAAAAGCAGCAGCAAGUGAUGGCCCGUUACGAGGCUCUUGCAGAGCCACUGAAGAGUAAGCGAUCUCGUCUGGAUGAUGCCUACAGGCUACACCAAUUCUACCGCGAUGUAGAGGAUGAGGAGGAUUGGAUUCGAGAAAAAGAGCCUGUUGCAGCUUCAAACAAUGUUGACAGCAUUUUUUACUUCUCAGGUCGUGACUUGAUUGGAGUACAGAAUUUGAUCAAAAAACAUCAGGCCGUGCUAGCCGAAAUCGCUGGUCAUGAGCCGCGCAUCCAAGACGUCUGUCAGACAGGUGAGAAUAUGGCUCAACAGGGCCAUUUUGCCUCGGACGAGAUUAGAAAGCGAAUCACAGGCCUCAGUUCGGUCUGGGAAGAUCUGCGUCAAAAGGCUGAAAACCGACGCAAACUACUGGAUGAUUCACUUCAGGCUCAGCAGUACUUUGCGGACGCUAGUGAAGCUGAGAGUUGGAUGCAUGAGAAAGAGCCUCUUGUUGACUCUAAAGAGCUUGGGCGCGAUGAGGACUCGACUGAGGCCCUCCUCAAGAAACAUGACGCUCUGAUGGCCGACAUUGAAGCUUAUGGAUCGACUAUCGAAAGUUUGGGCAAGCAAGCCUCUGAGUGUGGGAUGCAGGAGGUCCCUGUAGGUGACUUAAUGGGCAAAGAGCUGGUGGUGGCUUUGUACGACUACCAGGAAAAAGCUCCUCGUGACGUCUCCAUGCGCAAAGGUGAGAUUCUCUCCCUUCUUAACAGUUCCAGCAAGGACUGGUGGAAGGUGGAGAUCAACGACCGCCAGGGUUUUGUUCCUGCUGCGUAUUUGAAGAAGAUCGACGCACCACUGACGGACAGCCAGUCUCACCUCUUAGACCAACCUCUAACUGUGGCAUUACAGCAGAAACGGCUUGAGGAGCAGUACAAUAACCUUCUCAAACUCGGUCGUGACCGUCGUGAGCGUCUGCAGGGCUCAGUUCAGGCGUACCAGCUUGUACGAGAGGCAAAUGACCUGCAUCAGUGGGUUGUUGAGAAGGAGCUCCUUGCUGUUACUGAAACCAUUGUUCCUGUGGGACUUGAAGAGGUAGAGUGUGAGCGGAAACGAGUGGACAAUCUCAUGGCAGAACAGAAGGAUCGUGAACAGCGCGUGCAGGAUCUACGUGACAAGGCGGAUCGUUUGAAGCGCGGAGGUCAGACGGAGGCUGUGGAGAAGAUUGAGGGCAUUAUAAUGCAGUUACAGAAGAAAUAUGAGCAGCUUGAAGAGGUAACCACAAAGAAAGUUAAGAAUUUGGAUGACAUCAAUGCGGUGCAGCGCUACCACCGUGACUGUGACGAAGCUAAAGAGUGGAUUGACGAGAAGGAUGUUCGGCUGACCACCGAUGAUGUUGGCAAAGAUCUCACCUCUGUACAACGCCUUAUUCGGAAACACGAUGCACUUGAGCGUGAUCUUGUUGCUCUGGGGGAUCGCGUUAAGCAACUUGAUGUAAAAGCUGCUGAUUUGGCACAGACGCAUCCACAAGAGGCUGAGGGCAUCUGCCAGCAUCAGGAGCAGAUUAAUCAAGCCUGGAAUGACCUCACUGCUAAGGCCGAGGCUCGUAAAGCCAAGCUGUUGGACUCCCUCGAUUUACAGAAGUUCCUUGCUGAUGGACGUGAUCUUCAGUCGUGGAUGAACACGAUGAAUGCUCUUGUCUCCUCCAACGAUCUCGCAACCGAUGUGACCGGAGCUGAGGCUCUAAUUGAGCGUCAUCAGGAGCACCGCGCUGAAAUCGAUGCCCGUGCCGGAACUUUCGAUAACUUUGACGCUUUUGGGCAUGAGUUGUUGGAGAACAAGCACUACGCUAGUCCUGAAAUCGAGAAACGCAUUGAAGAGACGCUUGUGGCAAGGGAUAAUCUCCUCAAAGCAUGGCAAGAUCGAGAGAAGGCUCUGGAGCAGAACUUGAAGCAGCAACAGUUUUUGCGUGACUGCGAACAGGCUGAAGAUUGGAUGAGUAUGCGUGAGUCUUCCCUUGUUGGCACCACUGGUGAGGAUGUGGACAAGGUAGACGCUUUGAUCAAAAAGCACGAGAAUUUCAAUCGUGCUAUCACUGCACAGGAAGCGAAGAUUCAAGCUCUGGACGCCUCAGCAAAUGCCCUUCUUGCCGAAGGUCACUAUGACGCUCCGGGAAUACAGGCGAAGCGUGAGGAGGUUCUCGGACGUUGGGCGGAACUAAAACAGGCCAUGAUUGAGAAUAGGAGUCGUCUGGGUGACGUACAAACCUUACAGGCUUUCCUUCGCGAUGCUGAUGAGAUGGAGAUUUGGAUCAAUGAGAAGCUUCAGGCUACUAUGGACGACUCUUACAAAGACCCGACAAUUAACGUGCAGGCGAAGCAUCAGAAACAUCAAGCCUUCCAAGCAGAAUUGGCCGCAAAUGCUGAACGGCUGCAAGCUAUUCUGGGGGCUGGCCAACGUCUUAUUGAGAAAGGUCAGUGUAAGGGUCAAGAAAAUGCCGUUGAGGAACGGUUGACUAAGUUGGCUGAUCAGUGGGAGGACCUUAUAAGGCGGUCUGAGGAGAAAUCAGCUAAGUUGCAGGAGGCCAAUCGCCAAGCGGCUUACAAUGCCGGUGUGAAGGACAUUGAGUUUUGGUUGGGUGAAGUGGAGGCCUCAUUGGCAAGUCCUGAUUAUGGGAAGGAUUCUGCAUCGGUGGAUAGCCUUCUCUCCAAACACCAGGUCCUCACUACUGAUAUUCAAGCUCAUGAGGACCGAAUUUCUGAGUUGAACGCCCGAGCCGACGAGCUUUACGCCGCAGGGGCCAUCGACGCAGAUACUAUUAAAGAACGCAAGCGAUGGAUCAACGAGCGUUACGAGAAGAUUCGAGCGUUAUCUGAGAAUCGGGCGAUAACUUUGGGUAAGGCGAAGUGUCUGCACGACUUUUACCGUAAUUUGGAUGACGAGGAGGCAUGGAUCAGAGAAAAGAAGAUUCUAGUCAGUUCAGAGGACUAUGGGCGUGAUUUGAUUAGCGUGAGAAAUUUGAAGAAGAAGCACAAGCGUCUCGAAGCCGAGAUUGUAGCUCACAAACCUGCGGUACAUCAGGUCACUCAACAGGGUCAGGAGCUCAUGUCAAAUACGGAGCUGGCUGACCCAGUGGAAAUUCAAAGGCGCAUUGAUCAUUUGAACCAGGCAUGGGAGGAGUUGCAGACCUUGACUGCUAACCGCGACCGCAAGUUGGACGAGUCCUCAGAUUAUCAAGACUUCUUGGACGCUGUUGAAGAGGAGACUGCGUGGAUUUUGGAGAAGCAGCAUCUCCUUUCAUCCGACGACCACGGUGACACCUCGGCAGCUGUUCAGGGCCUCGUCAAGCAACACGAGGCCUUUGAGGCCGAUCUGAAGGUUCACCACAAAAAGUGUGAGGAGAUAUGCCGUGCCGGUGCGGAUUUGAUUGAGCAUGGUAAUCAUAACAAAGAUGCCAUUGAGCAGAAAUGCGAAGGUCUCCGCGAGAAGUUAGAAGUACUGGUGCGCAAUGCGGAACGUCGAAAGGCCCUUCUACUAGAUAACCACGCCUUCCUUCAGUUCAUGUGGAAAACAGAUGUGGUGGAACUAUGGAUUGCCGAUCGUGAGGCUCAGGUUCGCUCUGAGGAUUACGGACGCGAUCUGAGCUCAGUACAGACUCUGUUGACCAAACAUGAGACAUUCGAUACCGCGUUGGAGUCCUUCCGUACCGAGGGUAUUAAGACGAUAACUGAACUUCAUGAUCAGCUCAUCCAAUCGAAACAUGCUCAAUCACAGGCUAUCCAAAAGAGAUUUGAUACUCUGAUUGGUCGUUGGGAACGUUUGAAGAGUGAGUCUGAGCGUAGAAAGAACGAAUUGCUGCAGUUGCAGAGCCAGUACAAAAAGGUAGAGGAGCUCUAUCUGGACUUUGCGAAACGUGCUUCUACUUUUAAUUCAUGGUUUGAGAACGCGGAGGAGGAUCUCACCGACCCAGUGCGAUGCAACUCUCUGGAUGAGAUUCGGGCCCUUGUUGAGGCCCAGGAGCAGUUCAAGGCCUCUUUGAAGCCCGCUGAGGCCGACUUUCAGCGCCUGCGGCAGCUGGAUAAGGAGAUCAAAGGCUAUGGUGUUGAGGAAAAUCCCUACACAUGGUUUAAUAUGGUCGCGCUCGAGGAUACUUGGCGUAAUCUUCAGAAGAUCAUUCAGGAGCGUGAUGAAGAGCUUAGACGCGAAUUGGCCCGGCAGGAGCAGAAUGAUCAAUUGCGUCAGGAGUUCGCCGCUGCUGCCAACAGUUUCCAUGCUUGGUUGCAGUCUGUACGCAACUCGUUGAUGGAGGGCACGGGUACUCUGGAGGAGCAGCUGGAGGCUAUUCGUGCCAAGUCGGUGGAGAUCCGCUCUCGUAAGGUAGAGUUGAAGCAGAUAGAAGAACUGGGUGCCAGGCUUGAGGAACGUCUCAUUCUCGACAAUCGCUACACCAAACAUAGCACCGUUGGGUUAAGCCAGACUUGGGACCAGCUGGACCAGUUGGUGAUGCGCAUGCAGCACAACUUGGAGCAGCAGAUUCAAGCGCGAAACGUCUCGGGUGUAAGCGAAGAGGCGUUGCGUGAGUUCUCCAUGAUGUUCAAACACUUUGACAAAGACAAGUCGGGUCGUCUUGAUCAUCGUGAGUUUAAGUCAUGUCUACGUGCCCUGGGUCAUGACCUUCAGUUGGUGGAGGAGAACCAGCCGGAUCCCGAAUUUGAGGCCAUCUUGGCUGUCGUCGAUCCUAACCGCGAUGGCUACAUUACGCUGCAGGAAUUUAUGGCCUUCAUGAUUAGUCGAGAGACGGAGAAUGUGCAAUCUCGAGAUGAGGUAGAGGAGGCCUUCCGCUCUCUCACCAAAGAUGGCACCAAAGAGUACAUUACCAAGGAAGAACUCUACGCCAAUCUGUCAAAGGAACAAGCGGACUAUUGUGCCCAAACGAUGCCACCUUAUUACACGAAAAGCGGUCAACCUGUGCAGGACGCCUACGACUACAUGGGAUUCACGCAACAACUUUUCCAGAAGUAA